AUGGCGGACAGUCUGAGCUCUCGCAGUUCCUUCCUUAUCACCGUGGAAGUAACCUCACUCGUAAUUUUGAACGUUCUGUCCGUAGCAGGAAAUAUCUUGGUUUGUAUGUCCGUUUACAAGAACGUACGAUUACGCACAACAACCAAUCUGUAUAUCAUCGCCUUGGCUGCAAGUGAUCUCCUCUCUGCUGUCUUUGUAAUGCCUAUUGGUAUUGGCGUGCUUAUUACUGGCGAAUGGAUCUUCGGCGAAGCAAUCUGUCAACUUCACGCCUUCUUCAGUCUGUUUGUCAUCUACAUUUCUCCGGUGACUAUGGGUUUAACAGCAGUUAACAGGUACGUCAGGAUAUGCAGGUCAACCCAGCAAUACGACAGACUUUUUUCAGCGAGAAAGUCACGUUUGUUGUUGGCUAUGGUUUGGUUUUCUGUUGCUUGCUACACAGUAGUCCCUUGCUUGGCUGGUCUUCAAGCGUAUGAAUUUGUACCAGGGUACGCUCAGUGCUCCAUUGCUCAUCUCAGCGAGAUAGGAAAAAUGAUCCAUUACAGCAUUGUCCUCAUUUGCUUUUUUUUAACCCCGCUCAUAGCUACUCUUUUGAGCUACAAAAGGGUCGCGGAAGUGAUCCGUCAACACAACAUCAACGCAUCAUCGUCCAUUAGCUCACAUGAGAUUAAGAUCAGCAAAUCUCUCUUUGCAGUGGUGUUUGCAUUCAUGAUAUGCUGGAUCCCUUUUUGGAUUAUCGUUGUCUUACGGCGCUUCAAGCUCGUUGCGACGAUGCCGCGAAGUGUUGAACUUUUCUGCAUGUUUCUCCUCUACCUGUCCAACACAAUAAAUCCCUUUAUUUACGCCGGAAUGAAUCCUGUAUUCAAAAGAGAAUUUCGAAAUCUCCUCUGCUGCGGGCGAAAUCGCCGUGAAUUUGCCAUUUCAUUUUCCAGUAGAAAAGAGAUGUCAACUGAUGAGGUUUAGAUCCUAUCUCUGUACAUGCGAAAUCUUUUUGCAAACGGAAUCUUGAGACAGGUGACGCUUUUCCGAAGCAGGAAAAUGGAGGGAUGAAAUCUAUUUCUCCUCAUCGUGUCUGCUUACGUUUAUCCUCCAUUUAAAAGUUUUUUAAUAUCUUUAUUGCUAUUUGCAAUCUUAGUUUACAGUUUAUGACGAAAAGUUUUGGAAUGCUUUUCUUUGACUUAUCCUCUUUUUGACGUCAUCAAUGCAAUGUGACGUUUUAUUUUGUUCAAACUAGAAAAAUCCACGGUAGAGAAUAAUCAUCCAUAUUGGGGAGGUGGUGUCCUUUUAGAAGAUUUUUUAAGGUGUUCGUCAACAGAGACGUUUCUAUGGCAACCGAUUUUUGCAGUCAUGCUUUGAAAAAUUUGCACUUUUUACUUAAAUAGCUGCGGGCGAAAUCGUGAAUUUGCCGUUUCAUUUUCCAGUAGAAAAGAGAUGUCAACUGAUGAGGUUUAGAUCCUUUCUAUUUAUAUGCGAAAGCUUUUUGUAGGCGGAAUCUUGAGACAUGUGACGCUUUUCCGAAGCAGAAAAACGGAGGGAUGAAAUCUAUUUCUCCUCACUGUCUCUGCUUACGUUCUUCUUCCAUUUAAAUGUUUUUUAAUUUCUUUUUUGUUAUUUACAAUCUUAGUUUACAGUUUAUGACGAAAAGUUUUGGAAUGCUGUUCUUUGACUUAUCCCUUUUUUGACGUCAUCAAGGCAAUGUGACGUUUUACUUUGUUCAAGCUAGAAAAAUCCACGGUAGAGAAUAAUCACCCAUAUUGGGGAGGUGGUGUCCUUUUAGAAGUUUUUUUAAGGUGUUCGUCAACAGAGACGUUUCUAUGGCAACCGAUUUUUGCAUUCAUGCUUUGAAAAAUUUGCAUUUUUUACUUAAAUACGUCGUAUUUCAAGGUUUCCUUAUUAAUCUAUUAGCUUACAUACUUUUAAUUUACUAAAUUUAUUAUAACCGUAACGUAAUUUUGACGUUACAGGAUUGAUUUAAAACGGCAAAACUGCGCAUCUUAGAGUUAGGUUGAGUUGACAUGUCAACUGAGUUGUGUUAUUUUGCUUUUGUGACAAAUGCCUUUAUGUGUAUAUGAAAUAAAUCAUGUGAGAAGUGCGGGAAAGUUGCUUUUGUUGUUGUCUAUCGUUUGGUUUUCUGUUGCUUGCUACGCAGUAGUUCCUCGCCUGGCUGGUCUUCAAGCGUACGAAUUUGUACCAGGGUACGCUCAGUGCUCCAUUGGUCAUCUCAGCAAGAUAGGAAAAACGAUCAAUUACAGCAUUGUUCUUAUUUUCUUUUUAACCCCGCUCAUAACUAGUCUGUUUAACUACACAAGGGUCGCGAAAGUGAUGCGACAACACAACAUCAAUGCGUUAUCGUCCCUCAGUUUACAUGAGAUCAAUCUCAGUAAAUCUCUUUUCGCAAUUGUGUUUGCGUUCAUGAUUUGCUGGAUCCCAUUUUGGGUUAUCGUUGUUUUACGGCGCUUGCGUCUCGUUGCGAUGAUGCCACCAAACGUUGAACUACUUUGCAUGUUUUUCCUCUAUCUAUCAAACACAAUAAGUCCGUUUAUUUAUUAUAUACAUACUGAGAAAUACUCACCAAAAAGCUAUGUCGUAAAUUUUCGUACGCAAAUCAGUUCUAGCCAAUCAGAGGAGCGAACGAUGGUUUUCACUCGUGAAAAAAAUGAUACGUCCAAUCAGAAUCGCGAACGAUGUUUUUUCGCGUGUGAGAAAAAUGAUACGUCCAAUCAGAAGCCACAAAGGUGUGUGAGUUUCGCGCCAAAAUUCCCGCCUUUUAUUGCAGCUUGCAGCGCCGCUUCGCACACAUUCAACGAGAAAAGUUUUACUCAAAGAGUUUUUCUCGCUAAAAAAGUGAAAAACAUUUCGGAAAUGGAGUGGAAUAGUUUCGUUUGUUUCGCUGUCGAUAAAGAAAACGGUAGAGAGCAAGCGAAACAACAGUGGAAAGGGAAAAAAAGAACGAGACGUAAGCUUUUGUUGUGCUUUUUGUCGGAGCUACUUUGCCUUUCAUUUAAGCUUAAGCUUAUAUUGAAACCGGCCAUUUUACUUAAAUUCACUCAUUUUCAAUUGUGCAUUGAGAACAAACAGUUAAGAUUACUUAUAGUUCUUGGAUUACCUCAUAUCCUUACCGUCAUUUAUGUUUUUAACAAACGUGUUUACUAAAAAGCUGAUACUUCGUUUUCGUUGUCAUUUUGCGGUAAGUGUGUAGCGGCAAAUUUUAGCAUUUUUGAAAGAUUUAAAAUAAAAAGGCCACCAAAAUGAUGAAUGUCUCAGUAUGUUUAUAAUAAACACAAUACCACAUGGAAAGUGCUUUGUACGGUAUUUACGCACUCGUUGUUUUUGUAUCAGAAAUCUUACUCGUUCGCUGCGCUCACUCGUUCGAUUUCUGAUACGUCAACAACUCGUGCGUAAAUACCGUACGCCAGCACUUUCCAUGAAGUAUUCUCUAUAUACGUUGGGAUGAAUCCUGUAUUCAGGAGAGAGUUCCAAAAUAUCCUCUUCUGCAGACGAAAUCGGUGUAAUGUUGUCAUUUCA